AUGGAGCACCGAAGACCAAAGGAUGCCCUGUCGUGCGACCGCUGUCGUGCAAAAAAGCUCAAAUGCUCUAAAGAAUCACCCUUCUGCACUGCCUGUGCCCACAGCGGCGCGCAAUGCCAUUACAGUGGCAAGAUCAUCAGAUCGCCACUGACCAGGGCAUACCUUACGAGCGUAGAGAAACGGCUACACAGUCUGGAAGCGCUGGUCGCUCAGCUGGUACCGGGCGUCGAUAUCGAAGAGCUCCUUUCUUCUCCCAACGCAGCCAUCCCAACCUCACAGAUUCUCCAGUCACGAACACCAGAAGCCGCGCUCAGCCCUCAGGGCAGCACUAAAUCUAACUCAAAUGAACCUCCUCUUCCUGAAGCUGUGCCGAACGAUGUUGAUGGAUUUAAUUGGAAAGAAGAAGACGUCAAUAUAGACGGGUUAACCGAUGGCAUGGCUGCCCUUUCAGUAGAGCCAACAGGAGUAGGAUAUCUAGGUUCAACUUCUGGUGUCGUAUUUCUGCGUUGCUUGCUAGAUUGGGCUGGGUUUCUACAUCAAACUGGAGCACCACCUCAGAAACAUGCCGUGGAAACGUCUUCAUCUUUCAGAAAAGUCAUGGCCUCAUCGCAUGUCUCGCAUUCUGCUCUCGUCAAGCAGCUUGCGGGCAGCCUCAUUGACGCAUACUUCCUCAACUAUCAUGUUGUGUACCCAUUCAUUCAUGAGGCAACAUUUCGCGCGCAGUAUUACGAGGUGGUUCCUCGGCCACCGAAAAGAUCUUGGGACAUGCUGUACCACGCGAUUAUAGCCCUUGGUGCGUGGACUGUGAAUAAUGAUCAAGUCGGCCUCGAAGAUUAUCUGUAUCGUCGAGCCCUCGCGGUUGGCCAGGAUGAAUCGGUGUUUGAAGCCGCCAGCCUGUCAUCCGUCCAAGCACUUGUAUUGCUGAGUAAUCUUAGCCAGAAACGUAACAGCCCAAACACAGGAUGGAAUCUGCUAGGUCUCGCAGUGCGCACCGCGCUGAGUCUAGCUCUUCACCGAGAGCUUCCACAUUGGAACAUCAGCCUAAUCGAACGCGAGUCGAGACGCAGAGUCUGGUGGGGCUUGUACGUGUUCGACAGCGGAGCGUCUACAACUUUCGGACGAGCAGUCAUGUUACCUGAUCAAGAUUCCAUGAGCGUACACCCCGCCCUAAACAUAAAUGACGAGGCACUCACUCCUCAAACUACUCAGCUCCCCGUUGAACUUGAUACGCCAACAAUUUAUUCUGCACUUCGUGAACAGAGUAGCUUUCACAUGCAUACCAACCACAUCACAAAUAGAUUGUUAGCUGAACCUAGUCUGUCAGCUGAAGCAGCACUUGCAUUUAACACUACCAUAGAAGCAUGGGCGCAUAUGGUACCCUUGUACUUUCAGUUGUCACAUCCACCAUAUAUGCCAGCCCGAUGGUAUGUCUUUGCAAGGUCGCGACUAUGGUGGAGGUUCUGGAACCUCAAAAUCAUCGUCUUUCGACAAAUCCUGCUUCGUCGUGCAAUUGCAGAGCGCAGCCAGAUUCCUGACGAAGCAACGCAAUCAGCUCAAGACGAAUGUAAGCGGCUUUGUUUGGAUGCUGCGCACUCUACUGUCACUUCGAUACACCAGUACACAAUGAGUGAACCGAGCAGAUUAGAAGGAUGGUACGCAACAUAUUUCCUCUUCCAUUCCGCUUUAGUCAUCACGCUCUGCAUAAUCAGCUUCCCAAGUGCCAAAGAAAUGCCCACCUGGCUCGAAGAUGUGCGGCUAGCCAGGAAGACGUUCCGUGAACAUCUCGUUACAGAUUCACUCUCAGCAAGAUGCGUCGCUAUUCUUGACCAGGUUGUAUCCGUUGAUGACUUCAGUUCGGGUACGCUCCAAAACGUUGAGCUGGAUAAAGAAGCUUUGAGUACUUUCCCAUGGUCUGUGGAGUCCAACGAGCUGUUUACCUCUUUCGACUGGGACUUGUCCACUACGCAGUUCUAG